AUGUCUCCCGCAGAUCGUGUGAAACAGAUAACUCGACAAAUAACCUUUCCCAAAGGUCUCCUGAUAGGGCAAGUGGCCAUAAUCACGGGGUCCGGACAAGGUAUCGGUGCUGAGACUGCUCGGUUAUUUGCCAACGAAGGCGCCAAAGUGGUGGUGCAGGAUAUCGAUACAAAGAGGGCAGAAGAUGUAGCUCAGGGCAUCAGAGACAGUGGAGGUGAGGCAAUUGCUGUGCCAGGGGACAUGCUCGACUUUGCAUAUAUACCGAAGCUCGUCCAAGAAGCUGCAAAGUUUGGCAAUGGCAAGAUUCACAUCAUUGUCAAUAACGCCGGGUUCACCUGGGAUUCAGUUAUUCAUAAGAUGACCGAUGAGGCUUGGAAGACCAUUAUUGACCUGCAUUGCACGGCACCCUUUAUGCUUGUACGAGCGGCUGCACCUUAUUUCAGAGUCGCCGACGGGGAGCGAAGAUGCAUCAUCAAUAUCAGCAGCGUCAGCGGCAUCCAUGGGAAUGCCGGCCAGGCCAACUACUCCCUGGCCAAGGCUGGAGUCACUGGCCUGACCAAAACCAUUGCGAAAGAAUGGGGACCCAAGUACGGCGUCCGUAGUAUCACAGUCGCAUUCGGAUACAUCAAGGGAACUCGGCUCUCGGGUUCCAAAGAGGCCGGCAACUUUGCGGUAACGCCCGAUGGGAAAAGGGUUGCCAUCGGCGUGCCGCAGGCGAUUAGGAGCGAGCGGGACGCAAAGAAUGACGUUCCAUUGGGUCGGCCGGGCAAGGUGCCCGAAGCAGCAGCUGCAAUCAUGGCUGCUGCCAGUCCCUUGUUUGACUAUAUCACCGGCGAGACGUUGAUGGUAACUGGCGGAAAAUAG